CAUUUGUUACUAUUUAGUGAGAAAAAUUGAUGAGCGUGGUUUAGUUUUUGAAUGGAAAAACGUUUUUUUAAUGUAAAAAGCAAUGAGUGGUGAGUCGUGAAAAAGUCAGAGGGCUUGAUAUUUUUUCACAGUUCGCUCUAUCAAAAAGAUUUCUAACAUUUAUUGGUUGCGUUUAGAAAAGGUAUUUUAUGAAAUAAAUAUGGAGGAAGAAAAAGGACUUGCAGCGACCAAGAAUGCCGAAGUAACAGUCGACCAAAUGUUGACACAUGUUGGUGAAUUCAAACGAUAUCAAUGGCUGUUAGAUGCAAUUUAUUGCAUUAUGUUGAUUCCUGCAACAUACCAAGUUUUAAUCAUGUAUUUCGCCGCACUUAAUCCUCCAUGGAGGUGCAUAAAAAACAGUACAAGUUGCACAUCAAACCAAACAUUUGAUGGCGAUGAUAAAACUCGGUGCAACCUCCCUAGGUCAGAGUGGGAGUAUACAGAAGCCAAAGAAUACUCCAUAGUUACUCAGUUUGAUAUAUAUUGCGACAAGGAAUGGCAAAUACAUUUAACAACUUCAAUUCUAUUCAUCGGGUGGGGCAUUGGCGCAGUUGUCUUAGGCUGGGUAGCGGAUAACUAUGGGCGCAAAAAUGUGUUGUUUCCCUGCAUGGUCAUGGUGAUGCUCGCUGGGUUCGUCACGUCGUUCGCUCCAAAUAUCACAUUAUUUAUUAUAUGUCGGUUUUUAGUGGGAUUUUUCACACCAGGUACAUCAAUGCAAAUGUUUAUCUUGAUAUCUGAAGUUGUAGGCUCGAAGUUUCGACCUUUAGCCGGGAUUAUUUUGUGGGUUUUCUUCACUUUGGCUUUGUGUAUAUUAGGCUUAAAGGCUUAUUUCAUUAGAGAAUGGAAAAUAUUGUUUAUCGUGUGUACAGUACCUUAUGUAUUUGUAUUGUUAUUCUUCAAACUUAUCCCUGAAUCCGUGCGUUGGUUACGAUUACACGGAAAAGUUGACGAAGCCAUGAAUAUUCUGAAAAACAUUGCUAAAUGGAAUAAACGAGAAAUCCCUUCUGGUGUUACAAUUUGUUCGGCACGAAAAAGUGCGGAAGCACACAAGUCUAGCCCAUUGGAUUUGUUUAAGACUCGAAGAAUGGCUAUUAAGACUUUAACACAAGGUUACGGUUGGAUGGUUAAUGGAAUGGUGUAUUAUGGGUUGUCCUUGGCAGCAGACGAUUUAGGUGGUUCCUUAUAUAGAAAUUAUGUAUUGCUAAGUGCGAUCGAAUUUCCAGCAACGAUAAUGGCUAUUGUUUUUUGUGAACGCUUUGGAAGAAAAAAAACUGUUAUAAUGCCUAUGGUAGUUGGUGGCAUCGCUUGCGUUCUUGUCGCAUUCGUGCCAGACACAGGCGACGCAAAGUAUUUACGCGUUGUAAUAGGCAUGGUAGGAAAAAUGUGUAUCACGUUAAGUUUCGAUGCCAUAUCCACCUGGUCUGUAGAGAUUUACCCAACGGCUGUUCGGGCAGAAGGAAUGGGAUUUUGUAUUGUCACAAGCAGGAUAGGAGCAGCCAGCGCACCAUGGGUCGCCAAGGGUCUUAAAUCGUUACAUAAGUCUGUUCCGUUCGCAUUUAUGGGCAUAGCAACUCUACUAGCAGUUGCAGGCCUACUGGCCCUGCCUGAAACACGAGGUGUAGUGACAUCAGAAACGGCCGAAGGCGAGCAAGGUCUACAGCUUCAAGAUUUUUGCCAUGAUUUUAUAGAAGAAGUAUUUUUAUAUAUAUUUUUACAAAAAUUAAAUAUCUUUGAAGUUCAUCGACUCCAUUUCUUCAGCUACACAGCGCAGAGUUUUUGUUUGCUUGCAGAUGCAACUAAGUCUAUCAUGUCCAUGAACUAACUUAAUAAAUACACGAACGACACCACCAAAGCGCAACAUAGAAAACAGACGAGACAGCAAGUCAAAUGUAAAGUUUCUUUUGCUUCCAUGACAGUUUGCAGAUUUUCAGCAUCCACCGCUGUAAGAAAGCAUUCUUUGUCCUUCCCAUUCUUUUCAACAUCACAAGUAGAAAAAAAAGUUAAUUUGUUCUCAGGUUUGUAGCUGUUCAUCUCUUCUUGUGACAUUAGCAAAGUUGCGAUAUGUGUGUUGUAGAAGAUGUUGUGUUAAAUGUCAUACAUACAUGUUAGUUUUACAUGUUAGUUUUAUAUAUAUGUGUUAGUUUUAUUUUUCCCAAUGUUUCACGCUUUAGAAAUGAUUCUUAAUGUGUUUUUUUAAUUGUGUUUACGUCAGAAUUCUAAGAAAAAAGGGAAUAAAAAAACUGGGCCAAUUAUGAUCUAAUGUUAACAUGACCGCGAAGAUCAUUUUUUACGGAAGUAUUAAACCUAAUUUUAUUUACCAUCACGUGGAUAACCAAUCUCCAGAUAAAUGAAAUAAUAAACAUGGUUGUGCAAUUCACCGUUCCCAUAAUUUCUAAAUCGCGCAAUGCAUUGUGGUAAUUGUAGUCAAAACGUAAACACAAAAUGGAGUCGCAAUGAGAAGAUAUAGAAAAAUAAAAUGGAGUCGCUAGUAAAAGAUAUGCAGUGCACUGAAAGUUUAUUACUUUCUUCAACACCAGACAAUAGUUCUUUUUAAAGCUACACAUCUCCACCUAACUUAGAGGCAUCCUCAGUUAGUUCGUUUACAGUUUUUUCAACAGAACGCGUUACGAGCAGUAAAAAUUCCUCAGAAACAGCCAGAAAAAAACCGCAGCUAGUGGGGGUUUCACAUGUUGUGUUCCCCUCUUCUACAAUAACUCUAAAAGAAACAAGAAUUUAUCAUUUUACGUUUUUCCAAAAAAUGAAAGCUUAGUGUAAUUAAACUUGCAAUUAUAUUCCCAGCAAACAUAAGUUUUUUUUCUUGUUUUAUAUAUUGUUACAAAAAUCUCUAAUGGGAG